UCUUCAGAGAUACUUGACCUGAUCUUCAGAGAUACUCCACGACUGUCCUCUGUCUCGGUCCUCUACUGUGACCUCUGCUCACUGCUACUUCCAGAACCAACAAGGUCAUCACUACUCACCAAGAUGCAGCUCCCGGCCGCCCACCGCCAGUGUCUCCUCUUGCAAGUCAUCGCUUCAAUACUUCUCUUUUACUCAGGGUCAGCGGAACGCGCCUUCACGUCACAGUCCAAUAGAGUUCAGAGCUUCGAGCCCCAGUUCCUGGAGCCUCUACAGAACGUGACUGUGACGGAGGGGCGGGAGGCCACCUUCACCUGCGUCGUCGACCACCUGGGAGGUUACCGGGUGGCGUGGAUCAAGGCGGACACCAAGGCCAUCCUGGCCAUCCACAACCGAGUCAUCACCCACAACAACCGCAUGAACGUCAUCCACUCUGACCACAAGACAUGGGAGCUCAAGAUCAAGGACGUCAGGAGGAACGACUCCGGAGAGUACAUGUGUCAGAUCAACACCGACCCCAUGAAACACCAGGUCGGACACCUGAAUGUGGUCAUCCCUCCUGACAUCCUCACGGACGAGACGUCUGGUGACGUGAUGACUCCUGAAGGCAGCACUGUGCGGCUGGUGUGUCGCGCCCACGGCUACCCGGAGCCCCGCGUCGAGUGGCGGCGGGAGGACGGCAGACACCUGGUCCUCCGACCCCCAGGCCAGCCCAAGAACGAGGUGUUGACGUGGGAGGGGCCGGAGCUGGUGCUGGAGAAGGUGGCCAGGGACGACAUGGGCGCCUACCUCUGCAUCGCCUCCAACGACAUCCCGCCCGCCGUCAGCAAGCGGAUGGUCGUCCAGGUUCACUUCCAUCCGUUGAUCAGGAUCCCCAACCAGUUGGUGGGUGCUCCUCCAGGCACCAACGUGACCCUCGAGUGUGAGGUCGAGGCCAGCCCCAAGUCCAUCAACUUCUGGACCAAGAUCCUUGAUGACCAAGGUCCGCAGAUCGUUGACAGCAGGAAGUACGUGAACGAGGAGAAGGUGGUGAACCAGUACACCCUCAGGAUGCACCUCACCAUCAGGGACCUCAAGCCUGAUGACUUCACCAGCUACAAGUGUACCGCAAAGAACUCUCUUGGUGAGGUCGAGGGCACCAUCAAGCUCUACGAGAUUGAGCUUCCAAAACCAUUAACAACUGCCCACGAGCUGCUGAUAGAAACCAUAGGGCAGGAAAUUCAACCGCCACUGAACAACAAGCACGACCUUCUCGUCCCUCUCCCCGAUGACAGACAUGUUCCUGCCUCCCGCCAAGACAAGCCCACACCCACCCGCCCACUGCCUCCAAAACGGCCCCAAAACACCCACGCCGUGCCAUACUCGCCCACCAGCUCAGGCAUGGACCAUGGAGUAUGUGGGUCUAUAUCAGUCUCUGUGGUAAUACUAGUGGCCUCAGUCCUCUCGUCUCAGAUGGUGAUAUGGUCAGCAGUAUAAGCCAUAACAUGCCAGCAUCUCCACGUGUGAUUGCUAGUGUCCUCUUGUGAAUCGUCAUGUGUGUGUCCCUUUGUGCGUCGUCCUCAGUAACCCAUUGUAUGACCCCCCUGCAGCCGGCAGGUCGUGCUCAAGAAAAAGUGUGCUGACCUGGGGAACUAAGUUGUAUGGGUGCUGGCUUGGACAUCUGAAUCCAACAGCAGAUGAGGCCAAUCUGACAAGCUUCCUUUACCAGACUAGAAGUUUUAAUGUGUUGUGCCAGAACGUCACUCAGUGGGCCUCUUAAACAAAUAGACAAAUUUUAGAGUGCAGUAAGUUACGUAAUGACCAUAAACAGUUAAUGAUAUGUACUUCUUAUUUCCUGUUCGUGAUGUGCAUAAAUAACAGUAGAAUAAAGGGCAUGAAGUAAGCAUGAAGAACAUCAGAACAUAAAGUAUGAGCUCUGGUAAUGUGGAUCCCACCAGCUGCCACCAUUACUAACGUGCUCUCAUCUAAGCCAGCAGCCCUCACCUCCUGGUCAAGUAACUUCAACAGAAACCCUGCUUUGAGGACAGUUUAGUGAAAAUAUAUACAUACAUAUAUACAUAUAUAUAUUUCUUGAGAAUAUUAUGUGAUUUCCAUACUCGCCAAAUUAGUACAGCGCUCCACCUGGCUAGCUGCUGUCCAACCGAGGCCUCCUAACAACAGCAGGUGCCUCCAGUUCCUAGAACAGGCCACUACCUCCUUCCAGUUCUCCAGCGCCCUGCCAUCUUCCUCCACCAUACCCACAACGGGGGCCAACACUUCCCCCAUUCCCUGUCUUUGUUUUGUCUAGUUUCCACUCUAACCCCUGGCUUCAGGUUUCUGUACUUGUUGGAGCUGUUCCGUUACUCGUGUGGCGCACCGCCGCCCCUCACCAGGGCCUUAUGCUGUAUGUCUGUGUUCGUCUCUAGGUACUCAUUUAUAAUGCAUGAUUCAGGUCUUGGACUGAAAGCUUCUAACACUUGUUGAAUGGUUGUCGCCGUACUUCCCCAUGUAUGCAUUAAGAUUGCCAUUAUAUCGUUACUAUAUACUCAGGUGGAGGGACAGGAGAGCCCCUAAAAAGAAGGAAUUUCUCCCUGGUUACAUUUAGCUUCCCCCCAACCUUGUAUAGGGACUUACAGACGCAUGUUAACCGACGAAAUCCAAUGUAAUGGUGCACAGUGAAGGAACUCAUCCUGCUCAAUAUUCUAGGAUAUUUGUAACUUUGUUUAACCUGCACAAAAUGGGUGGAAGAAAAGCAUUACUGUGACCUUAUACAGGCUCCUGAAAUCUCCUUAACAAGACAUUCAUAUAAAGAGCUAAGUCUUAGCCAACUUACUGCAACUGUUAACUUCGACCAGAAGUGCUGGGUACUUACACCCGCCAGGAAGGCUGUCAUCCGUGUCUCAAGUUGAGAAGGUUUCAACAUUAUAUAAAGUGACACUUGUAGCUGGUGCUCAGGUGACGCACUUGUGGCUGGUGCUCAGGUGACGCACUUGUGGCUGGUGCUCAUGUGACGCACUUGUGGCUGGUGCUCAGGUGACGCACUUGUGGCUGGUGCUCAGGUGACGCACUUGUGGCGGGUGCUCAGGUGACGCACUUGUGGCUGGUGCUCAGGUGACGCACUUGUGGCUGGUGCUCAGGUGACGCACUUGUGGCUGGUGCUCAGGUGACGCACUUGUGGCUGGUGCUCAGGUGACGCACUUGUGGCUGGUGCUCAUGUGACGCACUUGUGGCUGGUGCUCAGGUGACGCACUUGUGGCUGGUGCUCAGGUGACGCACUUGUGACUGGUGCUCAGGUGACGCACUUGUGGCUGGUGCUCAGGUGACGCACUUGUGGCUGGUGCUCAUGUGACGCACUUGUGGCUGGUGCUCAGGUGACGCACUUGUGACUGGUGCUCAGGUGACGCACUUGUGGCUGGUGCUCAGGUGACGCACUUGUGGCUGGUGCUCAGGUGACGCACUUGUGGCUGGUGCUCAGGUGACGCACUUGUGGCUGGUGCUCAGGUGACGCACUUGUGGCUGGUCCUCAGGUGAUGCGCUGAGGACGCACUUGUGGCUGGUCCUCAGGUGACGCACUUGUGGCUGGUGCUCAGGUGACGCACUUGUGGCUGGUGCUCAGGUGACGCGCUGAGGACGCACUUGUGGCUGGUGCUCAGGUGACGCGCUGAGGACGCACUUGUGGCUGGUGCUCAGGUGAUGCGCUGAGGACGCACUUGUGGAUAGUGCUCAGGUGAUGCGCUGAGGACGCACUUGUGGAUAGUGCUCAGGUGACGCGCUGAGGACGCACUUGUGGUUAGUGCUCAGGUAACGCACUGAGGACGCACUUGUGACUUGUGGCUGGUGCUCAGGUGACGCGCUGAGGACGCACUUUGCAGAGAUAAGUUAUCUUCCCCUCAUACUGCUGCAUGAGAGAACACUCCAAUGUCCUCGGCAGUGAGCAGACCUUGCCAGCCCGGACAUGGUGGCACAUAGCGUCUCCACAUGGCCCUGUGACCUCGAAGUGCGGCCCGUGCGAUGUCCAGCAGAACAUGGCCGUCUCAAGAAUGAUUUAAGAUUAAUCUUAGCAAGGCGAUGCUCGUCGUCCCAAUGAUGUGUGAUGCUCGUCCUCACCCAGGUUACUGAUCCUUGUCUUCCCUCUCCCCCACCCCACCGCUCCCAUGUUCCACUACGCCCUCGUCUCUCUAUCCCCACUUGAGAACCUCUUGGCCACGGCGUUGCAUGCAUGUCUCUCUUCCUCCUCUCUCUCUCACCUUCCUCUUGUAUCUUUCGGCCUGCCAGCUCAACAUCUCGUAUCCCCUCUUAUUAACAUAUCAAGUUGUCCCCCUGAGGUUGAUACUACUCCCUCCCCACAGCCCUCUGGUUGGCUACACCAGGACUCCUGUAACCCUCACCCCCAGCAAUCUGGUAGUCACUACAGAGGCUACAGUAUCCCCCCAAGCCACUUUUGGUAGCCACUACCAGAGCAGCUGUAGUUCCACCUCCAACCCAAAACUUUUUGGUAGCCACUCCAGGGCUACUGUAUGCCCCAAGCUCCUUGGUAGCCACUACCAGGGCUACUGUAUCUCGUCUGGUACCUACUACCAAGGCUACUGUACCCCCCUCCCUCACCCAGCCCUCUGUAGCCACUGUAACAUACUGACCGGUCCCUUCAGCUGUAAAUAUCACCGCCCUGUUAUCAUGUUUGGUAAAUAAUUAUUCUACACAGACCUGUGUGUGUGUGUAAAGAUUCAUGUGCAUAUAAAAAGAUGAAUUUAUAUAUAAAUAAAUAUAACAAUAUGUAUAGUGAUGACGUGAGAGUGGAAGUAUUAAUAAAAACCAAAGCUCAAAUAG